GGAACUUGUAGUGCACACUUUGGCGACGCUUCCUUGUUCCGAGCGGAAGCGCCCGUGUUAGCUGAACUACUAGUUCCAGUGUGCAGCGCGGCUACCAUGCCUCAUACCCUCCCUCCCCUGGCUUCACGGUUCUGACGGCGGCGGUUUGAAUCAGUUUGAAAGCAAGAAUGGCCACUUUUAGAUUUGGACAACACCUCAUUAAGUCCUCUGUUAUCUUCCUGCAAACUGAACUGUCUUUUGCAAUCGUGAACAGAAAGCCAGUGGUUCCUGGACAUGUGUUGGUGUGUCCGAUCAGAGUUGUGGAGCGCUACCGAGACCUUCGACCAGAGGAAAUCACCGACUUGUUCCAGACAAGCCAAAAAGUGGCAAAGGUUGUGGAGCAACAUUUCAAAGGGACAUCUUUGACCAUUGCCAUCCAGGAUGGUCCUGAAGCUGGGCAGACCGUGAAACAUGUGCAUAUUCAUAUUCUUCCGCGAAAGAAGGACGACUUUGCCAGGAAUGAUAAUGUCUACGUGGAGCUCCAGAAGCACGACCGAGAAACGGCUGAAGACUCACAGAGGAAGUGGAGGACAGAGGAGGAGAUGGCCUCCGAAGCUGCUGACCUCAGGAAGUACUUCGUCUAGUCAACACCUCCUGCGCCAAGUAUCCAAGGAGUCUCCAGGAAUGUGAAGAAAUUCAGAAGAUUUUAGCCAUUGAAUCAAAAACAACACACAGUUAGAUUACAGUUACUACAUAGCAAACGGUAUUUGAAUCUUUGAAGAAAUCAGUUUUCUUGUGGCAACAGCUAAUGUUAGUAUUCCUUGCACCUUCAGAAUUGAAAUGUCAAUAUCGUAACAUCCUCAAUGAAAUAAUUGCAGUUAUUGGCAUCUAACAAUUCGUCAGCUAAUCCUGAUUCUGUUUGGACUAGAAGCCAGGUUUUGAUUCAAUGGAAACUGUGUCAUUCAAAACGGAGAUGCCUAUGUUGAUUUUCAUAGAGUUUGGAAUAAAUGUGCAGCGGUUUUCAAAUGAUUCUAGUUUUAUGAUAAUGAGGAAUUUACAGCCUAUAAAAGGGCUGAGAGUAAUGUGAAUAAAUAUGCAGAAUUUUUUAAUACAAAGAAGUGUGUGAUAGAAAGUGCAGAGAGCCCAGAGUGCUGGAGUAACUCAGCAGGUCAGGCAGCAUCUGUGGAGAUCAUAGAUAGGUGACGUUUGGGCAGUUUGCACCCUAGCGGCAUAAACAUUCACCUCCAAUUUCCAGUAGCCCUUGCUGUCUCCUCCCCUUCUCAGCUCUCCCUCAGCCCUCCGCUCCUCCUCUUCCUUUCUCCUUUCUCCUCCCCACCCUACAUCAGUCUGAAGAAGGGUUUCCACCCGAAACGUUGCCUAUUUCCUUCGCUCCAUAAAUGCUGCUGCACCCGCUGAGUUUCGCCAGCACUUUUGUCUACCAUAGAUAGGUGACGUUUUGGGUCGUGUCCCUUCUUCAGACUGAAUGAAUGAAUGAAUGAAUGAAUGAAUACGUUUGUCGGCCAAGUAUUCCCAUACAAGGAAUUUUCCUUGGUGCUCCGCCCGCAAGUGGCAACAUGACAUAGAGCGACAGUUAGGAAUGACACAUUAAACAUUACUGAUUGUAGUGGGAAGAGAGGAAAACGCUGGGAAAACAGUGUGGGGCAGGACAAAGCCAGGCAAGUGAUUGGUGGAUACAGGGAGGGAGGUUGAGUGGCAGGAUGGGUGGACAAAGGCUGGAGAUGGAAAGGAAACAAAGGGCUUUGAGAUAAGGAAAGAAGAGGGUUGAAUUGUGAGGCCAGAGGAGUGGAUGUGAAGAGAAGGAUAGUGGGAGAAACUAGUGCGCACUGCGAAGAAAGAUGCUGCCUGACCCGUUGAGUUGCUCCAACACAUUUUAUGUUUUUUGCUGAAAAAGCCUGCAUUUGCAUUUCCUUGUGUCUAACACAUCCAAUGUGUUAAUACAAAGUAUUCAGUUAAACAUCACCGCCUCCUUUAAAUCUGGCCCUCUUCAAUAAAUGCUGCAAGGCAAAUGCUAGUGAUAUUUUCAAAUCAUUAAAAGAAUUGUAUUGA